UUUACGAUAUCUUCUUUCGACCGCGCGAUCCGAUCGACUUCACUGAACCACCCACCACGUUCUCGGUUCGCCGUAAAGUCGAGUAAUUAUGGAAUCUAUUUCUAAAGCUAAAGAAAGACUCGCAAAGUAUCCCGUAGUGUUUGCUAAGUGUUCCAAGCAGAGUGUACUGUACGCACGCUGUGUUUUACUUAAGGAAGGAUCGGUGAAAAAGGACGAUUGUGCGAAAGAAUUUCAGGAGUUCAAAACCUGUUUAUAUUCCGCCGCUAAGGAUUUGAAGACCAAGAUCUAGGAUGAAUCGUUACAUGGAAGUC